AUGCUGAUUGAAUGCAUCGACAAGAACCCGCUGGCCUUCCACAUCCUGCCCUUCGGCAAUCCCAAGGCCCAGCGCACUCUGCAGGCGGCCUCCAUGGACGUGAAGCAGCUCUGGUGUCAGGAGAUCAAGCGGGUCAUCCUGGAGAACUUUGAUGCGGCCAUACCGGAGAGGGCGAAGCACCUGGUGCUCCACCUAGAGGAGUUCAGUGGCAAGGCCUACGAGAAGCUCUUCGAGGCGGCAGCGACGGCAAAAGCCACUGUUUCCUGGGACGACAUCUCC